UGCGAUGUGUUUUCUGCUGUAGAUCUUUAACAACAACAGAGCUUCUUGUCGAACAAUAGAUGAUCUUCACCACUAGAGGCCCCUGCCUGCCUGCCUGCCUGCCUGAGAGUGAAUGGAGCAGCUCCUCCUCCGUGUCAGCUGUUGCUGGUGUUCGUGUUCGUGUUAGUCGUGUUGCUUCUCACACAAGCGGACUUGUCCACUCUCGCUAUCAGAGCUUCACGACGCGAGGCGAGCAUCUUGCCCCACCAAGUGGAUCUUUUCUCUCCCUGGGUGGAUUAUUGGAGAUGGACUAAGGGAGAACCCGGGGCGGAUCCUCGGCGUGAGAAGACGACUUCCCCCAGCUCUUUGUGGCGUGGUUGGGGGCAGACCAUGGAGGAGCAAGACGCGCACCUGGAGACCACGCACGCCGUCAAUGAGUCGGACCGACAGCAGCGACUCCGCUUGUGUGUUCUGAACGAGAUGCUGAACACGGAGAGAGAUUACGUGCGGACUUUGUUGUUCCUUCAGUCGGCGUUUUUGCAGAGAAUCAGACAAACGGCAGAUGACCAGCAGUGCCUCUCACCUGAACACGUCAAGAUGUUGUUCUCCAACAUCGAGGACAUCCUGGAACUGCACAAAGAGCUGUUGUCCUCCGUGGAGGCCGUCCUGCAGCCUGCACCCCAGCCCUACCACGCUCUGGGUCACGUGUUCCUCCAAUUUAGGGAGAGUUUUUCCGUGUACGGCGAGUACUGCAGCAACCACGAGAAGGCUCUGCGACUCCUCAUGGAGCUCAACAAGAUACCCCACGUCAGGACCUUCCUCCUGCACUGCAUGCUGCUGGGAGGCAAGAAGAGCACGGAUGUCCCGCUAGAGGGUUACCUCCUCUCUCCCAUCCAGAGGAUCUGCAAGUAUCCUCUGCUGCUGAAGGAGCUGCUGAAGCGCACCCCUAAGAAGCACGCCGACUACCCGGCCGUGGAGGAGGCUCUGCAGACCAUGAAGGCGGUCUGCUCCAACAUCAACGAGACCAAGCGUCAGAUGGAGAAACUGGAGGCCCUGGAGCAGCUGCAGUCUCACAUCGAGGGCUGGGAGGGCACCAACCUCACAGACAUCUGCUCCGAGUUGCUGCUUCAUGGAAAUCUCCUCAAAAUCUCGGCGGGGAACAUUCAAGAGCGCGUCUUCUUCCUGUUCGACAACCUUCUGGUCUACUGCAAAAGGAAGUCCAGAGUUUCUGGGAAGAAGUCCACCAAGAGGACCAAGUCCAUCAACGGCCCGCUUUACGUCUUCAGGGGCAGAAUCAACACGGAGGUGAUGGAGGUGGAAAACGUGGAGGACGGAACAGCGGACUAUCACAGCAACAACUACACGGUGACAAACGGCUGGAAGAUCCACAACACGGCGAAGAACAAGUGGUUCGUCUGCAUGACCAAAACAGCGGAGGACAAGCAGAAGUGGCUGGACGCCAUCUUGAGGGAGCGGGAGCAGCGAGAAAGUCUGAAACUGGGGAUGGAGCGAGACGCCUACGUGAUGAUUGCCGAGAAGGGUGAGAAGCUCUACCACAUGAUGAUGACCAGGAGCCGCCACCUCAUCAAGGACCGGCGCCGCAAGCUGAGCAUCGUGCCCAAGUGCUUCAUGGGAAAUGAGUUUGUGUCGUGGCUGAUGGAGAGUGGUGAGAUCAGUAGAGCUGAUGAAGGGGUCAACCUGGGACAAGCCCUGCUGGAGAACGGCAUCAUUCAUCACGUGUCGGACAAGCACCAGUUCAAGAACGAGCAGGUCAUGUACCGCUUCCGCUACGAUGACGGCACCUACAAGGCCCGCAGCGAGAUGGAGGACAUCAUGUCCAAGGGCGUGCGCCUCUACUGCCGCCUUCACAGCCUCCACUCGCCCGUCAUCAAGGACCGAGACCAUCAUUUGAAAACGUUUAAAUCUGUGGUGCCUGCUUGCAAACUCAUUGACUGGCUCCUCUCACAGGGAGACUGUUCCACCAGAGACGAUGCUGUGACGCUGGGCGUGGGUCUCUGCAACAAUGGCUUCAUGCAUCACGUGCUGGAGAAGAGCGAGUUCAAAGAUGAGUCUCAGUUCUUCCGCUUCUACGCCGACGAGGAGACGGAGGGAACGAGCGCCAAGAGCAAGCAGCUGCAGCGCAACGACUUCAAGCUCAUCGAGAACAUCCUGGUCAAGUCUUUGCUGAUUGACCCUGAGGAGGAGGACUACGGCUUUGACAUCGAGGAGAAGAACAAAGCCAUCGUGGUCAAGUCCGUCACCAGAGGCUCACAUGCUGAGAUGGCAGGUCUGCAGGCGGGCAGGAAAAUUCACACCAUCAACGAGGAUUUGUUGUUCCUCAGACCUUUUUCUGAGGUGGAGGCCAUGAUCCACCAGGCCUUCUGCAUGCGACGAUCCCUGCGUCUGCUGGUCGCCACCAAGGCCAAGGAGAUGGUGAAGGUCCCUGACAACCCAGACGAGCUGUCCUUCAGACUCGCUGGCUCCGCCCCUCCUCACGUCCACGCUGUAAGAAAAGGCUGGGAGGCGGCGGGGGCGGGGCUUCAGCCCGGUCAGGUCAUCCUGAAGGUCAACGGCAACAAUGUCAAUGGCGGCGACCACCAAGACGUCCUGGAACACUUUAGUGCGCAACACACACACCUCCGCCAUCCUCAAGUGUGUCGGUGGGUUUACCGCACCUUCGAAGAUGUGGAGGAGCUGCGGCACAAGCAGACCACGUCCGAGGAGGAGGAGGACGCGUUCAGGAAGUACGACUCCGACCACGAGGAGGAGAACGGCACCAAUGGAACCGAUUACCGACUAAGAAGCCUGUCACUGUCCGACGACACGCCGCUGGUCAACUUGACCGUGGACAACGUCCACCUGGAGCACGGCGUCCUCUACGAGUACGUCAGCACCGCGGGGAUCAAGAGUCACGUCCUGGAGAAGAUGGUGGAGCCCAAAGGCUGCUUCGGCCUGGCUGCCAAGAUCCUGGAGGCCUUUUGCGGCGACGACCGGCUCUUUGUCAGCAACUGCAGCCAGCUCAUCUCCCAGAGCCACAAGGUGGUCACCAUGCCCCAGUACGAGUUCCGACACAUCUGCGACACCAAGCUGGACAGCAUCCGACGGCGCAUCAGCAGCUACCAGCAGUUCUCCCUGGAGCUGCGGAACACAGCCUGGCCCACCUUCAGGCAGGCCGGCGUGCCACCUCACCCGCUGGGCUGCAUGGACUUUGUGCCCACCAACUGUCACGUCAACCUCAUGCAGGUCUCCUACCCCAAAAGUGCUACCUCGGCCGGCAGGACCUUCAGCAUCCGUUUUGGGCGCAAGAACUCCUUGUUUGGUCUGGACCCGGACCAAGCCCAGUUGAACCCCAUGUCACACACGCAGCACUGCGUGACCAGCAUGGGCGCCCCCUCCUGGAAUUCGACGGGCUUGGACGGCGAGGACGGCGAGGAGUCCCCCAACGGAGUGGAGGGCCCGACAGAGGGCGGCUUGAGCUUCCUGCUCAAACAGGAAGACACAGAGACGCAGGACGCCUACCUUCACCUGUACAGCCGGCUGGACGUGGCCGUGAGGGAGAUGAAGCAAUACGUGGCUCAGAUCGACGUCCUUCUGUCCUCCAUCACCGAGCCCACUCAGCCCCAAGUGGACGGAGGGGCGGAGCCACCCGUGUACGAGGCAGGUCAGCCGCCCUCGCUGGGCCCCUGCGAGGACCCCUGUGAGCAUGACAAGGUGGAGCCCGGGGGCAUCAAGAGGGUGUGCUUCAAGGUGAACGAGGAGGAGCAGGAGGACUCGGGUCACGACACCAUGAGCUACAGGGACUCGUACAGUGAAUGCAACAGCAACCGGGAUUCCGUGCUGUCCUACACGAGUGUGCGGAGUAACAGCUCCUACCUGGGGAGUGACGAGAUGGGCUCAGGAGAUGAGUUGCCGUGCGACAUGAGGAUCCCCUCAGACAAGCAGGACAAGUUACAUGGUUGUCUGGAGCAUCUGUUCAACCAGGUGGACGCCAUCAACACUCUGCUCAAAGGCAGCGUCAUGACCAAGGCCUGCGAGCAGACCAAGCACUUUCACGCUGACCACAGCCAACCAGAGUUUGGACAAAUGGAGAACUGGACAGUUGGCUGUCGUUACACUAUACACAAGAACAUCCAGGAGGACCCUUGGAACCUUCCCAGUGCCAUCAAGACUCUGGUGGAGAGCCUGCAGACUUUUGUGGAUGACGGGAAGAACCAGCUUCUACUGGCCUUGCUCAAGUGCACAGACACGUCGCUGCAGCUGCGACGCGACGUCAUCUUUUGCCAGGUCGCCACGUCGGCCGUGUGCACGCUGGCCGAGCAGCUGCUGGCGGCGUUACGAUGCCGCUUCAACAACGCCGGCGAGUACCAGGAGGACGGCAAGGAGACCAGCAGGAAGUGGCUGGAGCAGGUGUCCGCCAUCGGCGUGCUCAUGCACUUCCAGUCCACGCUAGCACCCCAUGUGCGGGAGGAGAGGACCAUGCUGGAGGACACCAAGGCGUGUCUUUGGGACUUGGACAAAGUGAGCGUGUUCUUCAGGCCACUGGAGGACGAGUGUCUGCUGGCCAACUCUCCCGUGUGCUACCAGGUGGAAGGCAGCCGCCAGGCGCUGAAGGUGACGCUCCACCUGGACAGCUGCCUCUUCAGCGAGCUGCCAAGUCGGCUGCAGAACGGAGGAAGCCUCAAACUUCACACGGUUCUCUUCACCAGAGCCCUGGAGCGUGCGGAGGGCGUGUCCCAGCAGGACUUGGCCGCCAUGGAAGAGCUGCAGCAGCGCACUGACGCCGUGUCCUUGGAGAAGGUCAAGGCCUACUACCGCAAACUCAGGGCUUUUUAUUUGGAGAAGUCCAACCUCCCCACGGACUCCAACACCACGGCCAUGAAGAUCGACCAGAUUCUGGGCCUCGAAGUCCGAGAUCUCCGACCCAACAUCGCCAAACUCCUGCGCCCCCUCAACACGUUGGACGACCUGUGCCGCCUGAUGCAGUCCUACGUCAACGUGCGCCCGGGCUCCCAGGGACACCCGUCGGGCGUCAGCUUGCUGUGCGUGUCAUCUGAGCUGUGCAACCGCCUGGGGGCGUGUCACCUCACCAUGUGUGCCACAGGCCUGCACAGGAGCACUUUGAGUGUGACACUGGAGCAAGCCAUGAUCCUCGCCAGGAACCACGGACUCAUGCCGCGAUGCAUCAUGCAGACCAUGGACAUCAUGCGCAAACAGGGGGCGAGAGUGGAGCUGUCCGCCAGAAACCUGAAGGUGAUGGACCAGAUGCCGCCGUCAGCCCCGAGACUCUUCCGCCUGUGCCUGCCGCCCUCGGACGGGGAGCUGUAAGGAAAGACUUCCUGGUCGCCAUGGAGACCGUUAUUCACCUUUUGGGAAGAGCCGGAUUAACCAAACUACCUGUAGUCCCUUGGACUGCACCUCCUUCUCCUCUUCUAUUAAGACCGCAGGGCUCCACCCUAAUGAACAGUGUUUGAG